CAUGUUAGUAACAACAACAAAAAAUACAAAAAUUCGAACACAAAAAACUCCAAUUGAACAAAGCCGCAAAAGUUGCCCAAGGGAAUGAACAAAAACUUCCUCAACCAAAAAAAAAAAUCAAUAUCCAACACAGGAAAUGAAACAAAAGACAAAAAUGGCGGAAUCAUUCACAGAAAUCCAUUCCCCUGAACAAAAACAAUACACUAACUCAAUCCAUUUCCCACUAAUUCUAACUCCAACUUUAAACUCUUCCUCCUUAAUCGACGCAAUUAAAUCCCACAAAACAUGGCUUCAAUCCCAACUUCAUUCCGCCGGAGCAAUUCUGUUCCGAGGAUUUCCUUUAUCUACCGCCACUGACUUCAACGACGUCGUUGAGGCGUUCGGCUUCGAUGAACUUCCUUAUGUUGGCGGCGCUGCUCCACGUAGUAACGUCGUUGGCCGUGUUUUCACUGCUAAUGAAUCUCCCCCUCAUCAGAAAAUCCCUUUUCAUCACGAAAUGGCUCAGGUUCCUGAGUUCCCGUCGAAAUUGUUUUUCUUUUGUGAAAUAGAGCCAAAGAAUGGUGGAGAAACUCCAAUUGUUCUUAGUCAUAUCAUAUAUGAAAGGAUGAGAACAAAACACCCAGAAUUUGUUCAACAACUAGAAGAGCACGGACUGAUGUAUGUUCGGGUGUUGGGUGAAGGGGAUAAUCCUGCAUCUCCUAUUGGUCGUGGUUGGAAAUCUACAUUCUUGACUGAUGAUAAGAGCGUCGCUGAGCAAAGGGCAGCUAAGUUAGGAAUGAAGUUGGAAUGGUUGGAGGAUGGAGUAAAAACAAUAAUGGGUCCUAUCCCUGGUAUCAAAUUUGACGAAAGUAGGCAACGCAAGGUUUGGUUCAACAGCAUGGUAGCUGCUUACACAGGUUGGGAAGAUGAACGAAAUGAUCCGGUCAAGGCGGUUACCUUUGGUGAUGGAAGACCAUUGCCUGCAGAUAUUGUUUAUGACUGCCUAAACAUUCUUGAAGAGGAAAGUGUUGCAAUUCCAUGGAAGAAGGGCGAUGUGCUUUUACUUGAUAACUGGGCUGUACUUCAUUCUCGUAGAUCUUUUGAUCCACCACGCCGUGUGUUAGCUUCCCUUUGCAAGUAACCACUAAGUUCCCGACUUGUUUGCUGCUGUGCAUGUCAACAGUAUUAUUUACUCCAUUGGCAACACUUUUGUGCAAAUAAUGGAUGUAUAAUCUGCUAGUAGUUGGAUGGAAUUAGAUAACAAAAGCAUGUAUAUAUAUAUUUCUUUUAUGAUAA